AUGUCUGAAGAAGAAGAUAAUCAUAAUCAAAAUAAAGAUGAAAUAGAUUUUUGGAUGAAUAGCGAUGAUGACGAUGUUGUGAACGUAUCCUCUGAUGAAGAUGAGAAACCGAAAAAACCUGCUUACAUGAUAACGAGGAAUAAAUCAGAACCUAUUGAAAAGUCGCCAUUAAUAACUGAUAUUGAAAAAAGCAUAGAUACUGAUCCUACAGAAGUUGAUCAAAUUAUUGAACUAGAUGAUGAAAGUUCAAAUAAUGCUUCUGAUAACGAUUAUAUUGUAACGAGAAAUGGCAAAAAAUUCUCAAGAGAACAGCACGCAUCUCAUGCAGCUGUUGAUUAUCAAUAUGCAAACAACUAUCCUCCAAAAGCAAUCGUAGAAGAAGAUUUUGUUGAUCCAAACAAAGCUAAAUUAAAUAAUGCAAUUGAUACUACAACUCAAAUGAUAGCGCAUAUCAUGGAUUUAGCAAACGAUGACGAAGAACCUGAUACUCCUGCUGUUAAUACAGUUUCUGAUUCUACUUCUGAUGAUGUUGUUAUUGAUCCAGCAGAUCCUACUAGAAAAUUAGUACAUAUUAGUAGUAUUGAAAGUGGAAAUAGAUGGAAAGUUAUUUGGGAUCAAAAAGAUACUUUUGAACAAAUCUUGUAUAAAAUAUCGCCAGAGCUUAGAAAUAGUAUUGUUACUUUUAGUGGUAUUCAAUGGAAGAUUAACGAAGUGACUUUUGAUAUCGUUUCAAAUGGAGAGGAAAUUACACUAUCGGAGCCUGCUCCUGAGCAGCAUGAACCUCAGAAUUCGAACGAUAGAAAGCUUUCCUUCCUAUUACCAGAUGGAACGAAGAAGAAAUUAAAAGUUCCCCUUGAUAAAACAUGGGGAUACGUCCUUAAAUCUAUUGGAACGGGUACUAAGCUUUUGUUUGAUGGUGAGGAAUUGAAUUUAAGACAAAAGAUUAGUUCCAAUCAAGAUAUUGAAGAUGAAGACCAAAUUGAUGUUGCUUGA